AAUAAAAUCAUCCAAAUCAGUUAGUUGUAAUACACCGCUAAAGUGGGACGCCAUAUUGAAUGACCUCCAUACAAUAAUAACACUGAGACCAAACGCGACAUUAGCUCGUUGCUAGCUCUGAAGGCUCCUCCCACUCAGAAAGAAGCAAAGAAGGAGCAGAUCAAUGUAGAACACUCUCUAUAUAUCAUUUAAGUUAAAGGAAACUACUUUCAGUGACACUAAUGAUUAGGGUUAUGGACUAUAAGACUCUCAUAAGGCUGCUGAUCGGCUGCCUGGCUGUAUUUGGAGCAGCAAGGCUGUAUUUCAGGGAAAACCCAGAAAGUGGAGUCUUCACAAGAAAAACAUUGCAUGUCUUCAGUCCAAGUCAAUUCUGGCGUAGAGAUGGUAAAGAUGAACCCACCAUGCUGCAUGUAAAUCCAAGUCUACAAAAAAAAAUUAAGAAACCAAGGAACUACAAGAAUAUCAAAAAAACAAAGCUAAGAGUACCAGGCUCAUUAAAAACCAAAGUGAGAUUGUACACAGGCCCCCUCAAUGUAGUGCACUUAGAUCUUAAAGGGGCUGCACCUAAAGUCACUUAUUUUCAGAAGCUCUUUCCACUAAUCUCCAGUCUUGGCGCUAAUGGGAUCUUGAUGGAGUAUGAGGAUAUGUUUCCUUAUGAAGGGAAGCUGGACAUACUCAGGUCACCUUUUUCAUACAGUGAGGAUGACAUAGAAGAAAUUAAGAGCCUGGCUAACCUCUACAAUCUUGAGCUCAUACCACUGGUUCAGGUGUUUGGACAUCUAGAGUUUGUGCUGAAACAUGGACAGUUUUUUGACUUGAGAGAAGUUUAUGACUUCCCAAACAGCCUGAACCCUUUGCAUCCUGAAAGCUUACAACUGAUUGAAGAAAUGCUAACUCAGGUUUUGAUGAAGCACCCUGAAACAAAAUGGUUUCAUAUUGGAGCUGAUGAGGUUUAUAGCCUUGGUGAGAGCGAGCACUCGAAAAACUGGAUGAAGCAAAAUAACAGAAGCGAAGGAAACCUCUUCCUUAACCAUGUGACAAAGGUCUGCCAUUUCUUGACUGAAUUGUGUCCUGGAAUCAAACCUAUAUUUUGGGAAGACAUGCUCAGGAAACUCGACCCCGACUUAAUCAUAGAAUCUGGUUUGCCGAGUAUAGCAUCCCCUGUGAUAUGGAAUUAUGGUGCAGAAAUUAAUUUAUCCCAGAUAGGACAACUGUUAUCUAACUACCAAAAAGCUGGAUUUCAGAAUGUGUGGUUUGCAAGUGCGUUUAAAGGAGCUUCAGGCGUUGACCAAAGAUGGACACCACUCAAUCUGCACUUACAGAAUCAUCUUUCCUGGAUUAAAGUCAUGGCCUCCAUGUCUAAAUACCCCUCCAUAAAAUUAGAUGGCAUUGCUUUAACAGGCUGGCAAAGAUAUGAGCAUCACACAGUGCUGUGUGAACUGCUUCCUGUGGCCAUUCCCUCUCUAGCCAUCUGUCUAAACACUCUAAAAUAUGGUUCAUUUAAUCGUACAGCUGAAAAUGAGGUAGAAAACCUUUUGGGCUGCAAAGUUGACCUCAAUGCUAAUAGCUGUAAUGGAAAUGCGUCAUUUCCAGGUAGUGAAGUUUAUAAAAUGGUUAAAAAAAUCCACAAUGAACUUCAGCAGUCCCUUGAAAAAAUAAACCAAAACUAUUUCGUGAGAGGAUCGUUCGGCCCUUACCAGAGAAAAUAUAACUUUGCCAAUCCACGGAAUAUUCGAUAUUUCUUGGGUACACUGACCGAUUUGAUGAAAAUGUGGGAUCCCUUCAUGGAGACAUUCAAGAAAGAGAUGAUGGCUAUUUACUUCUCAAACUCUGUGGAGGAGUGGAUGGAGGAGAACGUUAACCAACACAUGGAUAAGCUGCGUAGUUUGAAUGAAGAUGCAAAUCGCAUUAUUAAGUUCAAAGGACAAGAAAGGAGCCUCAAUCAAAUAAAUUAUUUGACUAAAUAGAUGUUAAAAAUAUCUCCUUAGGAGGCUGAAGAAAUAAAGAUAUUUUCUCUUUCCCUACAACUCUACAUUGACUUGCGGUUACCAGGAAAAUGAUUUAGGAUUUAUAUUGAAUUGAUGUGAUAUGAUACGAUGCCUUAAAACGAAAUUGUCUGUAAUUACCGUGUCAUGUUUUUUGUAUAGAAAUGUAAAAUACUUUAUAUAACAACAUUUUUUGCUAAAAUGUUGUAUAAAAAUUAAAAUGGGGUUUCCAUGAGUUCUACAAAUUGUUGCUUUAAAUAUAGAUAUAUAUGUUUUCA